GCCACUAUCGUUGAGGGCGAGCUACCUCUUGAGCCCCGGCUAACACCGGCUUACGCGGUCGCCGGUGUGAUAUUACUUUCCACGGGUGUAGUUCAUACCCUUGGUAUCAAGAGAAACUUACUCCAUACGUUCUUGUCGGCGGCUUAUUUGGCUAGCCUCUGUACGACGGUUCUGAUCGUAUACAUCAUGAGCCCGCCCGUCUCGGAUGGUAUCCAAGGCGCAUACCUCGUGGCAGUGGUAUGCACUGGACUCGUGCUGGGUGGAGGAGCCACUAUGUUCAAAGAGAUCACUGAGGGGCUCGGCUGCCUGCUCGGGGGCUUUUGCUUUAGCAUGUGGCUACUGACAUUGCACCAGGGCGGCCUGUUGACUAGCACCGGCGGGAAGAUUAUCUUCAUCACGGCAUUCACUGUCGUGGGGUUUGCGACUUACUUCAGCCGAUGGACUAGGAUAUACGCCCUAAUUGGCUUUACUUCUUUCACUGGCUCUACGACCACGGUACUAGGCAUCGAUUGCUUCAGUAGAGGAGGAUUGAAAGAGUUUUGGGCUUACAUCUGGGCUUUGAAUGAUGACCUCUUCCCCCUGGGUGCUGACACAUAUCCGCUCACCAAAGGAAUCCGGGUCGAAAUCGCA